AUGGCAAACGCUUUGCUCUGCCCCCCGGGCAGCGACAAUAAAUGGGGCCCCCGCGUCAACCCCGAUUGUCGGGCUUUUGACUUCACUGUCUUAUUCCAGGAUGUCUUCUUCAGCGUGUUCCCAGCAUCGUUGUUUUUGAUCGUUGUGCUGCCGCGACUACAAUUCCUGCGCUGUGCCCCGGUGAAGCUGACAUCCUACAGACUCGUCGUCUGCAAACUCUCACUCCUCGCUAUCUUGUUCGCCCUGCAGGUUGUCUUCACUGCAUUCCAAACAACAACGUCAGCCAUCCAUACAAAAUUGUCCCUGACAUCUGGACUCCUGAAUAUAGUUGCUACAUUCGCAGCGGCUUUCCUGUCUUUUGCAGAAGAUCAGCGUACUGUGCGACCAUCAGAUGUUCUUGUGGUCUACUUUUCGGUUGCAAGCAUUGUCUACAUGCCCCGGUUGCGUACGCUAUGGCUCAUUCCAUCUAUCACAGCCCACCAAAGUCUAUGGACUGCCGUCUAUGUCUUCACUAUAGCAAGUCUAAUUGCAGAGUCGGCGAGGAAGACAAGGUUCCUACGGCGGCUGUAUCAGAGCGUGACCCCGGAACAAGGUGGUGGGUUUUGGAGCCGGUGUCUUUUUAUCUGGGUCCUCCCCUUCUUCCAUCAGGGUUAUUCCAAACCACUACAGCUUGAAGACAUGCCCGAAGUUGAUGACAGCCUCGCUGGAGAAACCGCAGAGCAAAAGCUUCAAGCAGCAUGGGACAUAACCACUCCUGACCGACGACGACGUCUGCUCUACGCUACGUUUCGCGCGUACGGAUGGGCCUUUCUGUCCGGCAUUCCGCCUCGUCUGGCCUUGACGGCACUCACCUUUGCGCAGCCAUUUCUCAUUACGGUGCUUGUGGAUUGGAUGGGAACAACUGCAGCACCGGCAAACUAUGGUCCGGCGCUUACAGGAGCUGUUGUGCUUGUAUAUUCUGGUAUGGCGGUUUCAACAGCAAUAUACUGGCGUCAAACGUAUCGCUUUAUCACAGCUAUUCGUGCGGGGCUUGUCUCUAUUAUUUACACCGCAACGACGGGGUUGAAGGGCAUCCAAAUCAAAGACAUGGCAGCCAUCACUUUGAUGGACACUGACGUAGAGCGGAUAGCCUCAGAUUUCAAAUCCAUCCACGAGGUUUGGGCAUCGGCCCUGGAAGUUGGAGUUGCGUUAUGGUUGUUAGAGCGGCAGGUCGCUAUCGCGUGUUUGAUUCCAGCUGUCAUAUGUCUGGUGUCAGUACUAGCUACUAUCCCGGUGUCGCGGAAAUCAGGGAAUGCUCAACGCAGAUGGAUCGAGAGGAUACAGAAACGAUUGGCGGCUACCUCGCACAUGCUGGGUGAAAUGAAAGCCGUGAAAAUGCUCGGGCUUACAGAUGUUAUGUUCACGGUGGUUUCAAGACUGCGAGAGAUCGAGAUCAAAACUUCAGAACGGUUUCGGAAACUUCUUUUAUGGCAGAUUUCUCUUUCUAAUAUUCCUACGGAUUUUGCGCCCUUUGCGACCUUUACAACAUAUGCUGUGAUCUCGGUUGUAAAAGCAGACGAUUCGCUAAACCUGGCACAGGCAUUCACUUCUCUUUCUCUGAUUUCCCUUCUCACGAGCCCUUUGCUUACCUUCUGUCAAGCCUUGCCUUCCAUCGUCCAAACGAUCGCCUGCUUCGGGCGCAUUCAGGAAUACAUCCUCGAUAAACAUGCGCUAGCUCCUCUGGAAACUCACGCCGAAGGCGUCUCAGGGGGUGCGAUGGAACUGCGAGAAUAUAAUCGAUCCACUGCAUCUACCUCGCCUUUGGUAUCAUUCGUCAAUGCGGACAUUUCCUGGUCCCCGGACACCCAGGUUGUGCUGCAUGAUCUAAAUCUGAACAUCGCCCAAGGAAUCACCGUGCUUAUCGGCCCCGUCGGGUCGGGGAAAUCAACCGUGCUAGAAAGUAUUCUCGGUCAAACAUGCGUUAAGCGCGGUUCAUUAAAUUCAACACUGACGAAAGUCGCGUAUUGCUGCCAGACGCCAUGGAUUACAGACGGCACCAUCCAAGAUAAUAUCACGGGAGGAGCUGAAAUUGACGACAGUGAUAUGCCCAGUAGGACUGGGAGCAAAGGAGUGUUUCUCAGCGGAGGACAAAAACAACGGGUUGCUCUUGCCCGUGCUGUCUAUUCCAAGAACCAGGUCUUGGUUUUGGACGAUGUUUUUAGCGGACUGGAUUCAAAGACGAUCAGUGUGAUAUCUCGUCGUCUCUUUGGCAGGGAAGGCUAUUUCAAGGCCACUGGACGAUCGUUGAUUCUGGCCACGCAUACGCAGCAAAUCCUUUCUCAUGCAGACAAUAUCAUCGUUCUCGACGACGGCAGGGUAGUCGACCAUGGACCGUCCACGGAGAUUCUGGCACGAAGGUCAGAUAUUAUUGCGGGAUCCCUCAUGCCCGUGCACAAUUUGCUCCUGUCAUCACCUGUAGAUGAACCCCUACCUUGCGAGAAAGCGGACGAAACCCAAGUCUUCGUCGGUGACGCAGACAGUAUACAUUCCAACCCUACCCCUACAGCACAAAAGGGCGGUACCUGGUCUGUGUACAUGUACUACUAUCACAGUGCGGGAUUUGUCUCCGUCAUCCUUCUCGCAUUUUUCUCUGGGCUUGAAGCAUUUGGGUCCAGCUUUGCAACUGUAUGGCUUCAAUGGUGGACAGAAACAAACUCGCAGCAGCCAAAUAAGGAGCUGUGGAAGUACUUAGGGGUCUAUGCCUUGCUCUUCGGCUUAUCUUUUCUGGGCGUCGUCGCGGGUUGUUGGGUUUUCCUUAUCAAUAUCAUUAGGACCACCGGAUUGAGUCUACAUCGUAAUCUUUUACAGACGACUCUCGAAUUCAGCCAGGAUAUGCAAUUGGUCGAUAUGGAACUCCCUAUGAACGGAGCCCAGUUUGUCACAGGCACAGUCCACGUCCAGUGCGCCUUCUCGUGUUUUGCCAAGUUGAUCAUUCUCUGUAUCCUUGGGAAGUAUCUUGCAGUAUCCGUUCCAUUUGUGCUGGGGAUCCUAUUCUUCAUCCAGCGGUAUUAUCUGCGGACAUCCCGCCAAGUUCGACUCGUAGACAUCGAAGCCAAGGCUCCUCUGUACAACCAUUUCAUCGAGACUAUCCACGGUCUCUCGACCAUCCACGCCUUUAAAUGGGAGUUUCGAUUUCGGGAACAGGGCAAAGCAUACCUGAAUGAUUCUCAGAAGCCUUUUUACAUGCUCUUCUGCAUUCACAUAUGGCUACAAUUGGUCCUGGACUUGAUUGUGGGUGCGAUUACAGUCAUCAUCGUCGCUACUAUGACAUCCAUGAGAAACCGCUUUACUGCUGGGUCCAUUGGUGUUGCGCUAAAUCUUGUUCUCACGCUCAAUCAGUCCCUUGCCCAGAUGAUAAAGUCCUGGACGACGUUGGAGACAUCCAUUGGCGCCGUAUCGCGCGUUCGGGAUUUCGUCGGAGAUACGCCUUCAGAGUCAGACAUUUUAAUUACACCGUCUCGCGUACGACCCGAAUGGCCUUCUCAUGGUGUCAUUGAAUUUAUAGGUGUUUCGGCUUGUUACAAUUCUACAAGCGUACCUGUACUUCAAAAUCUAUCUCUGCGAAUCCGAGCAGGAGAAAAAGUCGCCAUCUGUGGGCCUUCCGGUAGUGGGAAAACAUCAUUCAUCCUAGCUCUUCUCCAGAUGAUCGACGUCCAACAAGGCCGCAUCACAAUAGACGACGUGGACCUGUCAACAGUGCCGCGAAACACGCUUCGCACACGGCUGAAUACUGUCCCUUCAGACCCAUUUUUCAUGCCUGGCACGGUCCGAUUUAACCUGGAUCCGCAUGGGGAUGCGACGGAUGAAAGUAUCGAGUCUGCUAUCAACAAGGUCGGCCUGUGGAAGCGCAUCAGCUGUGAAGGAGGACUAGAUGCCGAAUUUUCCGUGUCGGACUGGUCUUCUGGAGAGAGACAGUUGUUAGCACUGGCGCGAGCACUCAAUGUGCGCAGCCGUAUCUUGAUCCUAGACGAAGCCACCAGCAGCGUCGACUGGAAAACCGAGGCCGUCAUGCAAGACGUCAUCGAUACAGAAUUCGCGUCCUCGCAAACAGUAAUCGCUAUUCUACAUCGUUUACGACACAUCGAUCGAUUCGACCGAGUUGUUCUGCUGAAGAGCGGGCAGAUUGUGGAAUGUGAUAGUCCACGAGUCUUGCUUGCGCGGAACUCGGAGUUCCGUAGACUGGUCAUGUCGUUGGAAAACAAUCACCUGCGCCCACCGGCAAAUUUACACCCAGGCAAAUUUUCAUCCUUGUCUGACUUGGGAGUCAAGGGGUAUGGCAAUGUUGACCACAGAGGCCCACUAUCAUUCGAAACCAACAUCCUCCCUCAGCAGUUACACAGCAGCCUGAACCUGAGCCAGCAAUGGAUGCACUGUAAGGAUCAAGAGAUGUACUCGCGACUAACGUACGGGUGGGUGGUAGCAGACCAGGAAUGGAGCCUGUUCUACGAUACUCCCCCGGGCUUCUCGGUGGACAUGAUGACCCAUUCAUUGCCCACCGACAUGAGACUGUGGAAGGCGACCUCUGAAGGAGAAUGGGCAUCUCUAGCGCCUGAGGUAUUCGGGACCCAGCCCCCGAUCUGCCUGCGUGAUCUGUAUACCUGCUUCAUGAACCACGAACUCCGGCCAGGUCGGAGCUCGACGCUCCCUCUGCAGUAUCUGCGCCUACUGCUCGUGCCACUGCACGGUAUGGUGUGCCAUCUGAGACAGUGGCUUCAGUCCUUCCCCAACUGCCCCGCUCUGUUACCUGAAUGGUUCAACCUAGCCAUUCACUCGGCAACCAAUUCCCCUGCUGGCCUAUCCAUGCUCGCCAUGUACCACCUCAUAGCCCUGAACGCCAUGACCAGUUUCCCUAAUAUCGAGGACACCAUGCUGCGUGGACCACCCGAACGACCUGAGCCGCCAAACCCUCGCGGAUCUGGCCCGUGUCCCUUAGGUUCCUGUCCGUCAACCAUCGCCGAUGAUAGUGGAGAGGAGGCCCUGGUCCACUGCGGGCAGAUUCUGCGCCUUGUGCGACCCAUGCCACAGCCAGACCAGCCACUCUGGUGGCCUGCCAUCGUGUACCGCGUUGCGCUGAUCACCAUAUUCCUGUCAAUGAAACGGCUUCCCCACAACUGGCUACCUGCGGUCAUGCUCGGGCAGAUGGUUUAG